AAGUAACCCUUUGAUCUGCAAGCUUUGAAAAGAUUAUCUAGGGUUUAUACACAUCUGCAACAGUGUAGGGUUUAUAAAACAUCCCAUUCCUCAGUAUCCAGUCUCCACUUUUUAUAACUUCAAUAAUCACUACCUAAUCGAAAACACGAUGGGCAGGAAGAAGAAAUUCAUAGACAAGAAAAAAUCCGCAACAUUUCAAUUAUUCGCACGCGACUCAUCCGACCCGAAUUACAGCGAAACACCAGGCAGUGACCGGGUUUUCGUCCGAAUCGACAACAAUCAUCAGUACUCUGUCGACAGCUUUAAUCAUGAAGAUAACCCUAACGGAAGAGCGGAAGAUACUAAUUCCAUCUUCGCCGACGCCCCUGAAGAUUCCGAUGGCGACGACGGUCAUAAUUUGAAUGUUUUCGGAGCUCCUACUGCAGAGGCGGAGCAGCUGCCUGAGGAUGUGAGGAAAGAAAAUUUGGAAUUAGGGUUUCCUGAUGACGGCUAUAAUUAUUUAUUUCACUUAAGAGAGAUUAAAAACACUGGCGGUGGCUCUUUUUAUUAUCAAAACCCUAAAGCUAAUUUUGAUCUCAUUCCUCAUGAUAUCAAGGCUUAUGAUGCUUCGAGAGUGCGAGUUCCGGAGGUGAAAAGCGAUGAUACUAAUGAUAAGUCAAUUUACAGCGUAGCGUCAAGGAGUGUUGGUGUCAAGGUUCAAAAAGCAUUUGAUCCUGAAGUAGCUGCAAUGCUUGAUGAUAGUGAUUUGUCACGGUUUGGCUCUGAUGUCGAGGACUUGGAGGAGGAUUUUGUUGUUCGUGCAAACGUCGCCGACGGUGAUGAUGCGCUGGAGGUGGAUAUAGUUAAUAAGUUGAAUUUAAUUGAUAAAGCCAAAGAAUGUGUGUCUUCUGCGAAUCAAGGAACUGCUAUAUGUAAUGACAGUGUAAAGAAAGAAACAGAAAUGGAGAAUAAAUUUACUGCUGAGCAGCAGCGAGUUCCUCGUUUUCUGGAUGAGCAAUUUGAUCUGCUUGAACGUCAAGAAUAUGGCACAGAGGAUGAAGAUGAUGAUUAUGGCGGUUAUUAUGCUGAAGAAGAUGAAUCUCUUGCAAAUAGGCUUGGGAAUGUUCUUACUAAACGUGCAAUAGAUGAUAUUGAUAUUGAUGGAAAUUAUGAGGUUCCAUCAAAGGAUAUCACUCAUCGCUGUGUAGAAUAUGCAGAAAAAUAUGAAAACGAGGAUGGGGAUGCAGAUGUUGUUGUUGUAGAAGAAAGUAGUGAUGAAUCAGAACAGUGGGAUUGUGAAACUAUUGUUUCCACGUAUUCAAAUCUUGAUAACCAUCCUGCUAAAAUUGAUGCUCCAAUAACUGCUAGAAAGAAGUUAUUAGCUGAAACUGUCUCUAGAGCCUUGAAUGCCAAUGGUCAAGUAAUAACCCUUCAUGGAAAAGAGAGGCUUCCUAUUGAUUUCUUGCCUCAUGGUAAAAAGUCUGGUGCAGAAAAGGUGAAGGAUGUUCCUGAGUUGAAGAAUGAGCCACUGAAGAGAAAGCAACAUGGCCUGGAGUCGAAGGAGGAGAAGAAAGAGCGAAAGGCUGCCGUAAAGAAGGAAAGAAGUGAAGCUAGACGUAUGAAGAAAGAGAUCAAGGAACUCUAUCGGGGUGAAGCACAACAUGCUCAAAGAAUUGCAGCCAUAGCUGGGCCAUCUUCUAUUCGGCUUAUGUAAUGUAAUUUGGAGAUCCGAGUAUUGUACUUGUUUUUAGAUGAUAUGUCCUGAAUGACACUCGAUGUUUCCGACCUCAACUAAAGGAGAGCAAAAAUUGUUACAUGAUUUGCCUGGCAAAGCAUAAAGUUAUACUGCCUAUCAUUUAAAUGCUCGGGUAUCAAGUUUUGCUGCUUUACCUCUGAAGAAAAAAAGGUGGUUUUUUGUAAUGUUAUAUAUACAUUAGGCAAGAAAUUGUUCUGAAGCCUAUGGCCAUCAUUUUCGCCAAGACGCUUAUAAUGUGAAAUUACUUUCGGCUCUA